UUCUCUCAUCUACCUCUUGCUUCGUCUGCCUUCAGUGUCUGGCCAGUAGGAUGACCCCAGAGAACCUCACAUGGGCCAGGGUUGUGUCUGCUGAAUUCAUCCUCCUGGGCAUCACGAAUCGCUGGGACCUGUGCAUUACCCUUUUCCUGAUCUUCCUGCCUGUCUACCUGGUGAGCUGGCUAGGAAAUAUGGGCAUGGUGCUGCUGAUCCGCGUGGAUGCCAGGCUCCACACACCUAUGUACUUCUUCCUGGCCAACCUGUCCCUGCUGGAUGCCUGCUAUUCCUCAGCCAUCGGCCCCAAGAUGCUAGUGGACCUGCUGCUGCCCCACGCCACCAUCCCUUAUGCAGCCUGUGCCCUCCAGAUGUUUGUUUUCACAGGGUUGCCUGAUGCCGAGUGCUGCCUGCUCGCAGCCAUGGCCUAUGACCGCUAUGUGGCCAUCGGAAACCCUCUUCUCUAUACAACAGCCAUGUCACGGCAUCUAUGCCUGGCCUUGCUAGGAGCAUCAGGACUGGGAGGAGCGGUGAGUGCCUUUGUCCACACAACCUUCACCUUCCGCCUGAGCUUCUGCCACUCCCGUGAGAUCAACAGCUUCUUCUGUGAUAUCCCUCCACUGCUGGCCAUCUCAUGCAAUGACACUAGUCUCAAUGAACUCAUCCUCUUUGCCAUCUGUGGUUUCAUCCAGAUGGUCACAAUGUUGGUUAUUGCUGUGUCCUACGGCUUCAUUACUGGGGCUGUGAUCCACAUGCACUCGGCUGAGGGCCUCCGACGAGCAGCCUCUACCUGUGGCUCCCACCUCACGGCUGUGACUAUGCUGUAUGGGACACUCAUUUUCAUGUACCUGCGUCCCAGCUCCAGCUAUGCCCUGGACACUGACAAGAUGGCAUCUGUGUUCUACACCCGUGUCAUUCCAGCUCUCAAUCCACUCACCUACAGCCUCCAUAACAAGGAAGUAAAGGAGGCCCUCAGAAGGACCUGGAGCCGAUUCUGCUGUUCAGGGCGGGGGCACUCAUGAAAGGUCUGGGGGGUGUGGUUAGGA